UGUCUUUACAUUUCAAUUCAUACCUAUAUAUAAACCCCUAAAACCUUCUCUUAGAUUAUAUUCAACAUUUCUAGAAAAGAAAUCAGAUUAAUUAAACAUUCUUGAAAUAUUUUUUAGUAAGGAGGUAACGAAUAAGUAUUGUUAAUUUGUUACCAAGAUGGGCCUAGUUUCGCUCAUUAUGCUCAUUUCCACAAUGCUCCACUCAAACAAUGACCAAAAUACCCUUAUCACCAACACAUGCAUGAACACCCCAAACUACCCUCUUUGCGUCUCAACCCUACAGUCCGACACCCGGAGCUUCGACACCGAUGCUAACGUCGAAACUCUCGCCCUCGUCAUGGUGGCCGCCAUCAGGUCAAGAGCCCGCGAGAUCAAGGUCAUGAUACCGGAGCUCAAGGCUGCCAAACCUGAGUGGGGAGGGCCGCUCAGCCAAUGCUACUUCUACUACGACACUGUUUUGAGGGCUGACGUGCCGGAGGCGGAGAUGGGUAUCAAGAGAGGCGUCCCGAAGUUUGCGGUGGCGGGGAUGGCAGACGCGGCGGUUGAAGCCGAAAACUGCGACGCCGCGUUUAAGGGUUUGGGAAUUACGGAUUCACCCUUGAAGGAUGUCAACAAGAAUGUGAUGGAUCUGUCUGCUGUGGCUAACUCGAUCAUCAAGAAGUUGUUAUGAACUUAUGACCGUUAAUUGAGUAUUUGAUUUGAUUAUAGUGCAUUUUGAAUAAAGUGUUGUUUUUACGGUAGCACUACCUGGCAUGCAAAAUUUCACAUUGAUGUUUAUUGGAAAAAGGGUCAAAUACACCCACAUACUAUAUCAAAUGAAUCACUUCAGCCCAUCUACUUUAAAAAGCAUCA